CGAAGAAGCGUUUCCAGUCUGACGAGAAGAUUUAGUUGUAGUCUAUUUGCCCAGCCUGUUACAGGAAACAAAGGGUGUUAAAUGACUGAAUCCAUGCUUCCUGCUGGAAAUCUGUGUCAUGGAUGAUGAGGACGAUCGCCGUCUUCUGGAUAUUUUAGGAGAUGUGGAUGCGUUGAAUGACUAUCUCCAUGGCAGCAACAGCAAGUCUAUUGAGGAGGAUGAUGUGACAAACGCAGCUUAUGGGUCGGAUGGAUCCUUCUUUGCCAGUGACACGGCUGGCUCCAACUCUGGCCUCAAGGAUGGCUCUUCUUCAAUGGGUGAAUUCGGCGAUGAUUCAGCCGGGGCAGGCCUCCAGCUCUCCAGCAGCCUUUCAUUUAUCGAGGAUGAAUUGGGGACUGGGAACUCCCCUGGAGGGGUGGACCUCGGCGGGGAGGACCAGCCCUUUGACAUCCUACAGAAGUCUCUCCUGGAGGCCGACAUCACGGAGCAGACGCUGGCCCAGGAGGCCUUAUUGGACUCCCAGCCCGCUCCCACACUAGUACAGGCUCCCGUUCCCUUCCCUUCCCAGCUGGUCUCUGGGGGUUAUGGAGGGGGAGUGGGUGUGGUCACCACAGCGACAGCUGCGUUCCCCACAGGCCAGUUCCUGCAAGGAGUGUCCCAGCUGCCCAAUGGCUCUGCCCAGCACAUCCAGGUGUUGGGCUCCUUUGGGGCAGGUGGGGGCGUGAUGACUCUGAGCAGCUUGGAGAGAACUCCUCAGAUUGUGUUGAGGCCAGGGGCCCCUGUAGCUGCGCCAGGGCCCACAACUGGGGGGCAGGUGUUUGCUCCUACUCAAGGGCAGGUAGGCCAAGUUGGCUUACCUUUCAAAAACAUCCCUCUUCAAAAUAUCAUUAUCCAGAGAGGCCCGGGAGGGACCCAGACUCUUGUCAGACCUAUCCAACCUAAACCCCUUCAAGCUGGGGCUCAGACUGUCUAUAGUGUUGGUCUUCAGCCCACUCCCACCACCAUGGCUAAUGUAGUAAACGCUAACACUGCUACUCCUGGGGGGCAAUAUACAGCCAAUGGCUCCAUUGUAGUGCAGCCGCCCCUGGAGCAGCAACAAGCGCAGGCCCAGACAAACAUACCACCGGGACAGUUCUUGCUCCCCACCUCUUUGGCGCUCACUCCAGGCAGCACCAUCCACAACGGCCCCGCUGACCCCAACUCAAACGCCCUAAUCACCAGUCAGAACGCGGUGCAGAUUGUUGCCGGGCAGAACUUUCCCGCACCCCAGAGGGGUCAGCUAAUUUUGAAUCAGGGAGUAGUCAGUGGGAGUCAGGUUGGCGGGGGUGUAACUCAAACAUGGACAGGAGUUUCUUGUGCGAGCUCUGCCCCUGUGCAGACAUCUUGCGCCCCUGGGCGGCUGACCCUGGUCGGCCCAGCGACGGCGGGGAUCGGCGGUCAAGCCCAAGUGUCAGCUAGCCCUGUGCAGCGCCUUCUAGUGACUCAAACUCAGAACUGCACGUCCCUGUCCCCUUUACCUGGUACAGUAACACAGGAACAAGAAUACAGACAGAAUUCUUCACCUGCUCUCAAACAGACACAGCUCAGCAACAUCCAUGCCAUGAAAACAGUGACACAAGAUUCAACGCUAAACUCUCAGGUCAGUGCACAGAAGAGGCCUGCCCUUCCGCCAAUCACGAGAGAGGGAAUGAUUUUACAACAGUUGGCGAGGGAUCAUGCUGGAGUUCAGACCCCGGAUCGACGUCAAUUCGCUUCAAUCAACGAUGCGCUGCAAAGACUCCUCCCUUACCACGUGUUCCAGGGGACUCCCCCCAGCCAGGAUGAGUUCUCACAGGUGGAUGAAGAAUUUGAGGCGGUUGCGACUCAGGUGCUGAAGAGAAGCCAGGCCAUGGUGAACAAAUACAGACGACUACUUAUGGUGGAAGCUGAGCGUUCAAGUCCAUCGUCAGAAAUGGUGAUGAUUGACAGGACCUUCAACCAAGAGGAACGCAGCAACCUGACACAAGACAAGCGCAUGAUACUAGUAGAUCCAGACAGCUUCUUGGAGGACUUCUGUUGUGGGAUGAAAUCCAAACUUUUCCAAGACCCUUCCCCGUCUCAGUCCAGCUGUAGUUGGAAUCAGUCGGACAGAGGCUCCACAGAGCCACCGUACAGGACAGACUCCCAGCCCGGGUAUGGAGAUCCGGGAGGGGGCGGGGCUGUAGGAGCAGGUGCAGAAGACAGACUCCACCCUCCACACUUACAAGAAAACAAGAGCGUCCUGGAACUGAAGAGGUCCCAGCAACGCUACGGGCCCAGCAGCGCCAGCAACAACAGCCUCACUGCUGCCAACAGUUAUCCCCCAACAGGUAACCCCCCAUCUUUUACAGCAGCGUCCGGAGGACAGACGCACUACCAGGGGUCUCACCACGUGUCCUCCCACCCGAUCCAGCCCCAGUACCCCCCUCGGCUCACCUCACCCCCCCACCCUGACACGGACUCUGCUCUAGAGGCGGCAGUCAACAGCAUCUUGGAAUGUUAA